CAUGGUGAGUAAGGAGCCCAGCAAAUGCUUACUCACCGCCUCGGAAAGCGAAGUUGAGCCAGCGGCUUCGCUCGCUCUGGAGAUGAAAUACGCCCUGGAUCCCAACCGGCAGAUCAAGAAACGCAACAAAGCCCUCCAGGUGAGAUUUAAAGAUAUCUGCGAGGCCCAGAACGAGCAGAGGGACAAGCAGCUCUCCACCACGCAGGACCCCGACAAGAAGGACACCAAGGCCAUCUCCUACAAGACAGCGUAUCGCAAGUACAUGACCGUGCCCGCCCGGAGGUCCAUACCCAACGUCACCAAGAGCACAGGAGUCCAGACUUCGCCCGACCUGAAAAAGUGUUACCAGACUUUUCCUCUGGACCGGAAAAAAGGGAAUAUACUUAAAAGCGCCUCGACUGUCGACACCUUCAAGGGUGAAAACAACGGGUUUCUGAUCGAGGUGAAGGACAAAGAGGGCAGGGGCUCAGGGGAGGCCGUUCAGUGGAGCAGGAAGGCGGGCAGCCUGCAGACGGCGGAGUUCAUCUCCCACAUCCACGAGCGCGGCAACGUGGGGUCCGGGGACGACGGGGCCUGGACGAGCGGCGAUUUGCACAGUUCUCCCCAAGAACCUCCUCCUCUCCCAAACUCGGCCGAGUCGGCUUCGGAGGAGCCUACCACCGGCCGGCCACCCAGCCGAGGGAGACAAGCCUCGGGACGGCCGGGGAGCGAGGAGGUCACCCAGCCCCUCCACGGGAGGGUCUUCAAGACUGAAGUGGCCACCGUUUAUUUACCGGGGGCCAGCUCAACCACCUCGCAGUCCGACCUGUCCAACCUCGCGGCCGAGGCCGACUGGUCGCCCUGCCCGACAGGGGAGGAGGAGAGAAAGAGGACGGUGCACCUGAACGGCGUGCAGCCCCCGGCGGGAGAUGCUCGGGCCUGCCUGUCGCGGGCGCAGUGCCGGGCCACCGAAUGUAACGAGCAGGCCCUUCAGAUCAAGGUCUCGCCCAUGGAGGAGAACCCGCCGUGCCAGACGGCCGUGGCGGUGAGCGGGGAAUGCCAACAAAUCGUGCCUCACACGGAAGUUGUGGACUUGAAAGCGCAGCUUCAGAUGAUGGAAAGUUUGAUCAGCUCCAGUCAGGAAACCAUAAAGGUCUUGUUGGGUGUUAUACAGGAGCUAGAGAAAGGAGAAGCUCACAGAGAAGGGCUCUCAUAUCGGACUGGUCAAGACACAGCUAAUUGCGACACGUGCAGGAACAGCGCCUGUAUUAUCUAUAGCGUGGAAUUGGAUUUUAAACAGCAAGAAGACAAACUACAGCCAGUUUUGAGAAAACUUCAUCCUAUCGAGGAAACUCAGGUUGCACCUUUGCCUUAUUCUCAGGAGAGCUACUCCUCCACUCCCAAGCAAAAAUCCAAAACUGAAUCAAAAAAGCAUGGAAGAUGGAAACUCUGGUUCCUUUAACCCAAGUCCAUUUCGUGUGGAGUUCAAGGCCUUCUUUGAAAUAAAUAUUUGGAGUUCUACCAGUCACCUCUGACGGGAUCUUGGUAGACUGGUCAGUGUUACCGGCAGCGUUCAGUUCUCACCGUAUGUACCAAAAAGGCCUUUGUACCUACAGACUCGUGUCCAGAAGCGAGGGGUUGGGGGACACCUUCCCAACUUCUCUUUGCAGUUCACCAAUGUGGGAUGUAAAACCUGAAUUGAAAUUUGUACAAAGCUGGAAAGUAAAACUAUUUCUCCCCCCCGCCCUCCUCCCCUUAGAUCCGAAAGCGUCACGGUGUAACCUGUCCAAUGGUAGGCUGUCAUCCUGUACACGGCUAAAUAUCACUAUUGUUUUAAAGCCUUUUGGGGGUUUGGUUUCUUGUCUCUAACCAACGAGGGGAAAAAAAACCAAAAGCAAGCAAGCGAGCCUUAUGUUUGCAAUGGUCUUCAGUUUUACAGAUCCACGUUGAGCGGGGAGUGCAGUUUUCAGCACAUAGAUCCUGGACAAAGCACAAUUUUUCAUGUGGUCCAAGACCAAGAAUAAUCUCUAAGACGUGACUAUAUCUGUAUAUUUGCCUUCAUGCGAUGUAGACUUCACCCAGGCUAUCCCAUUUCGGCAGCGCACCGUCAUGUCUAAUUAAGCCAUGUCCUCAUCACCAGGAGAACAAGUUUCCCUGCUCAGCUCCGAGGGGUGAGCGGCGAGAGACCCCCCCCAAAAUCAGGACAAACCUUUAACCCCACCAAGGGUCAAGGCUAUGGGACAAUCAUCUGUCCUGCAGCUCACUUUUCAUCUUUUGGUACCCAAAAGCUCUAAAUGACAUGUUCUGGCACAGAAAAAAAAAAACAAACCAACCCCACAAACAGAACAAUCAAAAGCUCUACGGAUCGUUGGCAUUUGCCACAAUUUAAUAUCUUUUUGUGAGGCAGCCUUUGGAAAUUCUCUGUGCUAUUGCAGAAGGCACCAGAAAAUUUAUAGUGUGUGUUAUGCUUGGAAACCCCUUUGGAAGGAGCAGUAAUUUUAAAUGCUAUUUAUUUACUAAGCUUCUCGGAUGGGUUUCCCAACACAUUAUAAUUUACAUCUCAAUCUAUUAAUUGUACCUGCUGAGCAACACACUUAGGGAAGAGAUGCGAAUUAACCCCCAAUCCCCCCUUAUUUUAUUUUUUUUAACAUGACACUUAAAAUUUUGCUCUGAAUUAUAAACUCCUACUUUUUCCUUUAAGUUCUUCCACUGCCAUUAAAUUUGCAUCUAAAAUGACCAUUUGUGGAAAGUCUCCUGUGCUGGAAGUAGUCAGGGAGUGGGAAGCUUUGUGGGUUUUUUAUUUUUAAAGAUUUAAGGUAAUUUAAGUUCAUACAGCCUCACGUGACAAACUGUUUUACAAAGAAUUGGUCUUGAAAUUGCAUCCCCUGCAGCAGCCGUAGGAUACAAAUUCUUAAGUCUUUAGGUGGAAGAAACGUAGACCUGAAGUGUUUUCAUUUACACUGUUUUUCCUCUUAGCUCAGCAUCACACCCAUUACCACAAGAAAACUUGAGGAAAACAACUUAUUUCCCUCCCCUCCCCCAAAGCAAAGAGCAAGAAAAGGAAGUUAAAAUGGCAACAGAAGCGCAGAAGAUGUCUGUGUCCACCCCAGAAUGAACUGUGGAGUCAUUUAAUGAAAACAAGUCACCUUUGCAGUAAAACUUCAAGAGGGCUCCGAGUUCUCGUGCACAAGGAAAGAAAAUCCUGAAAUAGUUGUGUGAAAGCUGAAGGAUUAGAAAAGGGGAAUCCUGAGGUGCCAGGAAGGAAGUGCAAUUGUUUCACGUGGAAGAAAAAAGUGUGUUAUGUAUUUUAUACUGUUUUUAAUAGAAAAUCUAAAACUGUUUAUGAGACAGCCCUCCCUACAUGUUUUAGAAACCCAAGCAUUUCCCAACAAGAAUUAUCAUUUUUUUUCCUAAACAGAAAGAAAUAUCAAAUACGGACAUAAAAAAAAAUACAACAGGAUUCAGUAUUAUUUUAAAA